AAACUACUUAAUCAUGAUCGAUCACGAGGUCAUCGACAAGUCGCUUUCUUCUCUAAGCUCUGCCUCUCUAUAAAUAGGUGCCAUGGUGUAGUAGACUCAUACGACCCUUCCAUAAAAAACGAAGCACAACACAACACACGUCAAGAGCAGAAGCAAAAAGCUAGAGUAGUCAGUCGAUCAGUCCAUGGCACCCAAUGGAGAAUCACCGGCCAUGACGACAGCCGUGGCGCCGCUGCUGGCGACGAUCAUCGGCAGCUUCGGCGGCGAGCACAGGCGGCAGCAGAGGGUCCCGUCGUGCCACGAGCUCCGCAGCUGCGUCGCGGGCGGCGAUGACCACCACAAGGAACUGGAGCUGAUGCUCAGCCCCGACGACGCCAGCGGCGGCGGCGGCGGCGACCCACGGGACGCCGCCGCGGCCACGGCGCGCUCGGCGGCGGAGGUGGAGGACGCGGAGUGCGAGUGCUGCGGCAUGUCGGAGGAGUGCACGGCGUCGUACAUCGCCGCGGUGCGCCGCCGCUUCUCGGGCCGCCUGGUGUGCGGCCUGUGCGCCGAGGCCGUGGCCGAGGAGGCCGGCAAGAACGGCGGCGACCGCGGCGCCGCGCUGGCGGCGCACAUGGCCGUGUGCCGGCGGUUCAACGGCUUCGGGAGGACGCACCCCGCGCUGUUCCAGGCCGACGCCGUCAUUGGCAUCGUCAGGAAGCUCUCGGGGUCGGGCGGCCCAAGGUCGCCCAGGUCUGACGCUGGCACGAGGGUCGUCGUCAGUGAAGGCGCCAAGACCGCCACCGCCGUCGCCGCCGUCGGCAGCAUGGCGCUCAUCGCCGGCGUACGCAACGAUCAGGUGGUCACCAACUAGAUCGCUGGUUAAAGAGUGUACACCCAGGGAGUAAUAAGCCGUUUGCGACUUCAGGGCGUACGUAGGUACACCAUGUGUAUAGAAUUGAUUUUGUUUCCAGGUUCAGUGCCUGUUGGAGUUCACAACUUUUUGGAUCGGCUCUUGUUUCCUUGUUUGAGCUCUUUUAGCUGAGAGCUGAGCCGGGAGUGUGAAAAGCUAUCUUCCCGUCCCAAGCUAAUUUCAUGUCUUCAUCUACACUAACAUGCUUUGCCCUU